CUCGAAGGGAACACAAAAAAGACGAGUCACUGAUAGCGAACGACAUGAAAUUAGCUCAAUACAGCCAAACUCAGAGAUAUUCAUACAUGCUCUUUAAGUCUCCCACCCACCUCCUUCCCCUUUCUCUUUCAUUCUGUUUCCUUCCGUUCUCCCUCUCUCAAUCAAUCGAUUAGCCCGAUCUUCUGCUCUGUUUUGUAUCGUUUUUGUUUUUUAUUUUGAAGAAAAGAUGUCAGAUGCUUUAAUCAAUGGAUUGGCUGGAGCUGGAGGGGGAAUCAUCGCUCAGCUCCUCACGUAUCCAUUACAAACUGUUAACACUCGUCAACAGACCGAACGAGAUCCGAAAAAGUCGAGGAGGAAACUCGGAACCAUUGAACAAAUGUGUCAGGUUGUUAAACAAGAGGGAUGGGGGCGUUUAUAUGGAGGCCUAACGCCGUCGUUGGUUGGUACUGCUGCAUCACAGGGUGUUUACUACUACUUCUAUCAAAUAUUCAGGAACAAAGCCGAAGCUGCUGCACUUAAACGCUUGAAGAAAGGGACUGGUGAUGGAUCAGUUGGAAUGUUAUCGUCACUUUUGGUGGCUGCAUUGUCUGGGUGCCUGAACGUGCUGUUGACUAACCCAAUAUGGGUAGUUGUUACUCGUAUGCAGACUCACAGAAAAGCCUCAUUAAAACAUAUACCUUCAGAGAAUCCUUCAGUUACGCCAGAAGAAGCAAUUCUUGCUGCAGUGGAACCUCCUCCUUAUGGAACUAGCCAUGCUGUGCAAGAGGUCUAUGGUGAAGCUGGGGUUUUGGGUUUCUGGAAAGGCGUUUUUCCAACACUUAUCAUGGUUAGCAAUCCUUCCAUACAGUUCAUGUUGUAUGAAACCUUAUUAAAGAAGCUAAAGGCUAGGCGUGCAUCAAGGGGCAAGGGAAAUGACGGGGUCACUGCUUUAGAGAUUUUUUUUCUUGGAGCUGUUGCUAAACUUGGAGCAACUGUUGUGACGUAUCCACUCCUUGUUGUGAAGUCGAGGCUUCAAGCAAAACAAGUAACUGGAGGAGACCAAAGGCAUCACUAUAAAGGCACACUUGAUGCAAUCAUGAAGAUGAUCCAAUAUGAAGGCUUGUAUGGGUUUUACAAGGGAAUGAACACAAAAAUUGUACAGAGUGUGUUUGCCGCUGCUGUCCUGUUCAUGAUUAAGGAAGAACUUGUGAAGGGGGUUCGUAUGCUGGUGAAAAAGGAUGCAAACCUGGUUAGUGUAGUUUAGAUCUGGGGGCCCAUUUAAUUGCGGUUCACUUGUUCUCUUCUUGUAUUAGAUUGAUUUUAUUUUUGACAUUCUUGGUGCCCGUUGCUGAGCAGAAAAACAGUACAUUGAAAAUGAAAUGCCAUGCUGUGUCUUGUACCUCAGAAUAAAAGGAAUCAAGAAUGCUUACAUAUAUUGGAAAACUUUUACAUAUAAAAAUAGAAAUAUUUGAACUUUAUAAUGGAAGAAAAUAUUAUUCCUUGGA